UCGAGAUGAUAUGGGAUGGUCCAGUUGCUGCAGAUCCUUUUGACAAUCUAAAAUCACUUUAUGUGCGUGGAUGCAAUAAGCUUGUGAACAUUGUUCCUUCUUGCAUUCUAGGACGGCUCAAGAGCCUAGAAAGUUUGAGUGUAGAGUUUUGCAGUUCACUUAAAGUUGUUUUUGAACCUCAGCCACUGAAUUCUCUUGAUGGGCAUGUUAUUGCUUGCUCUCCAUUAAAAAACUUUAGUUUGGGGGAAUUACCACAGCUAAAGUGCGUAUGGGAUAACGAACUUCACCAUCAAGUUAUAUUCCAGUGUCUACGUAAUGUUAAUAUUUGGAGUUGCAAGAGUCUCACCUCUCUAUUUCCGGCCUCAAUGGCCAAAGAUUUAAUGCAUCUUGAGGAGUUGAAGAUCAAUGAUUGUGGCAUUGUGGAACUCAUCGAGAAGGAAGGACAAGUUCCCAAGUUUGUAUUCCCAAAGUUAACCUCCCUCAAGCUUAAGCAUCUAUCAGAGUUGAAGUGCAUCUACAAAGGAAUACAUGCUUUACGUUGGUUGGCAUUGAAGACCUUGAAGGUGCGUGGUUGUAACAAAGUGGAGAUACUUGCUUCACAACCUGAGGAUGAGAUGCCAUUUCAUAAACAAUCUCUCUUCUUGGUAGAAAAGGGUGCAUUCCCAAAUCUACAAGAGCUAAAAUUGGAUUUAUCCGGACAGAUGGAGAUAUGGCAUGGGCAUUUUCAUGAUGAAGAACUCUUCUGCGAGCUUAGAGUUCUUAAGCUUUAUCAUCUCUCAAUGGAAUCUGCAAUAUCCACGUGUCGUUUUGUUCAAAGCUUAACCAACUUGGAAAAUCUAGUUGUAUGUGAAUCUUAUCUAAAAGAGCUGAACAUCAAUGCGGAAGUCAUAGAAGGCCUAAUUCAUGAGCUAAAAGUAAUAGUACCCUUUUCAAGAUAUUUUCAAAAUCUGAGGACCCUAGUUAUGUCACAUUGUGAUGGGUUAUCGUUAAAAGUAAUAUUACCCAUUUCAAGAUACUUUGAACAUCUCGAGACUCUAAAUGUGUCACAUUGGGAUGGGUUAUCAAAUAUGUUCACACCAGCAAUAGCUAAAAAUUUGGUGAAACUCACAAAAUUGACCAUAAGUAAUUGUAAAAUGUUGAUAGAAGUCAUUUGUGAUGAAGGAGGUAAGAAGGGACAUGUAGUGGCUUUCAAUCAAUUGAAGUAUAUGGAGCUUGAUGGGUUGACAAGGUUGAGAUGCUUCGGCUCAGGUGGAUACAUUUUGAAGUUCCCUAGUUUGGAAGAUGUCAUUGUGACGAGAUGUCCUAGCAUGAAGUUCUUCUCUGAGGGGCCAAUAGAGGCACCAAAGCUGGAGAGAGUACAUCUAUCAACAGCUGUGUGGCUUUGGAAAGGAAACCUCAACAUCACCAUUGAAGAAAUGGCUACAGUUGCUGGAGUAGAGUUUAUGUGGCUUUCCGAAUUCCCUGAAUUGAUUGGAAAAUGGCAUAGCGAACUUAAUCCCAUCAAGUCAUCUUGGCAGUUAAAAUCACUAGUGGUGGAUAAAUGUCCAUCAUUUAUUAACAUUAUUCCAUCUAGAUUGAUGCUUGUUCUGGACAAUUUGGAAAGAUUGCUAGUGAUUGAUUGUGACUCACUAGAAGAAAUCUUUGAUCUUGAAGGGUUGGAUGAUGUGGAAAGUACUCGGGUUUUGCCUAAUCUAAGGAGCAUAAACUUGGUCAAUCUACCGAAAUUGAGUCAACUAGGGAACAAAAAUACUCAAGGAGCAUUGCGCUUCAAUGGGCUAGGGCAAUUGACCCUUUAUAAUUGCGGCAACUUGAGACAUGCUUUCACUCCAUCGAUGGCUCGGUUUCUUGCCAAUAUACGGUGGAUUAAAAUAAAUGAGUGUGCUCAGAUGGAAGGAUUGAUCGCAGAGGAAGAAGGUCAAGGAAGCGCAAUGGAAAAGAUUACUUUCUCGAGGCUCUUACGGAUGGAGCUAGAAUGCUUGCCCCAUUUGACAAGCUUCCUCUCAGGGAAGAAUCAUGUGCUAGAAUGUCCCAAGUUAACUUCUCUUACCAUUGCCCAUUGCCCCCAAAUGAGAAGUUUGACUUGGCAAUCUUUGAUGGAGAUUGACCACGACACCACUUCACUCUUUACUCCACGGGAAUUGCGAGUGACCCACUGUGACAAACUAAAAAUGUUGUCCUUUGUGGCACCCAUGAGCAAGUGGACUCAGAAUGACGAUCAACAUGAAUUCUCAUUUGAGAGGGUAUGA